AUGUCGGCGCUGGACAUCGAGUGGCACCGUUGCGUGUCGGCGGACGGCCCCAAGCCGGUGCAAAUCCUGCUCGACUGGUUCGCGCACAAUGGCGUGGUGUACCACGCGUCCGCGCACCAGCGGGAGGUUCUACGCCCACUCUGCAUGGAGCUCAACGCGCGCGGCGUGCGCUGCGAGGUGGACCAGAUCCUGGACUACGUAAGCUACCUACAGGAGGUAGUACAGGACGCCGCCGCGGCGGGGAAGGACCUACCGGAGCAGCUGCGACCCUACCAGUCCGAGCUCCAGCAGCUCCUGUUCAAGGACGGCCAGUUUGAGGAAAGUAGUGCCGUUCUACCUUUGGAGAACAAGGCGCGCUCGCGCUCUACCACUCGUCUGUCGUGGCUCAAGCCGUCGGCGAUUGGCGGCCCCAGCGCCAUGGAGGUGCUGGUCGAGUGGCUGCGCGAGAACUACACUGCAUACGCCCACUCUACCAAGAAGGGCGGCAAGGGUAGAAUGCUCGAGCAGCUGGUGGACGUCAUCAAGGAGGCCGGCCACCUCGACUGCGCCGUGAACACGGUGCGCUCCAAGAUCGACGUUCUACAGAGAGAAGUGCGCGGGGAGAAGGGCCGUUCUACCGCCUACGAGCAGUUCGGAGCUGUGCUCGAGGAGAUUUUCACGGUGGGGGACGCCGCCGAGGACCAGGAGGACAUGAAGCUGGAGGACGAGGACCACGACAUGGGGGAGGACGAUUCUACCAAGAUGAGAGACCACACAGACUACGACAACGAGCCCAGACUACCUCCUCCAAUUCAAAGUAGUACGGGUGAGGUGAAGCUCUCGUUGGCCGAGAAAAUCGCGCGUAGUAGCCCCACCGGGAGACUGUCGUGGAUGAAGCCACCGACGUCGGGUGGACCGUGUGCUAUGGAGCUUCUGGUAGAGUGGCUGGAGGACAAUUAUGCGUCGUACACCCACUCGGCCAAGAAGGGGGACAAGGGGAGGAUGCUGGCGAAGCUUCUACGUCAGAUCGAGGCCAGUGGGCAUCGCGGGUGUACGAUCCACGCCAUUCGAGUCAAGAUCGACAGUCUGCAGAGACAAGUGGAGGGCAAGUCGAGACCUUCCGCGGCAUUUGAGCAGUACGGGGAGUCGCUGAGGAGGGUCUUCGCAGAGAAAGAGAAGAAGAAGGAGAAAAAUGGGCUUGAUCUCAUUGCACCGAAGAAAAUGUCGGCCUCUCCACGCGUUAUUGUGGAGACUCAAGAAGAUGCGGCGUCGAACAAAAGCGACAGUGAGCAAGAGGACAUUCAAGAGAGCACGAGCAGCUUCUUGACUUGCGACGAGAAUCCUGUCAGCUUCGUGGUGGAGCAGGCUGACGUGAACGACAUCGAGAAUCGUGGCGUCAGCAACUCCAACACUCACGCGUUCAGCAGCAGCCCGAGCCACGCGACGAACCCGUUUGAUAGCGACGUUGAAGAAGGGAGAUGCGAACCAGCAAAGGAGCACGCCAGUCCGAAGGCUCUACCGGAGAGAAUCGAAGUGGCGAAGGUACACGGCGCCCCGCAGAUGCUGCAAGGUAGAACCGACGUCUCAAUGGAAGAGUCCAGCCCGAAGGUGCUGCCGGAGAGGGUUGAAGAGGCCACUGUGAAUGGUAACAGUAGUCUGCAAGUGUUGCCAGGUAGAUUCGAUCUGGCGAAGGUGAACACGAAGCUGGAGGUGCUGCAACCGAAGGUGCCUCCUGUCAACUCUCCAUCGACGAGCGAAAUUGUGCGAAUCGCGACGCUACUCCGUGAGCGACACGACCUCCACCAACGAGGCGUGCCUCAGGACCAGAUCGACAAGUUCCUCCCAUUGCCCGACGUCUAA